AGAACGAAAAGCGCAUGCGUAGUAGUGCAUCUUAACUGUAGAUACGAUCUUUGGUUGAGCGAAAUGGCGUCGGACGAAGUGCUGGCCUCUCUGGGAGUGGGCGGAGCCUCAGCAGUUGCGCAUGCGCUGUCUCUCCCAGCAGAAGCUUAUGGGAACGACCCACAACUGGAGGCCAUGUGGGCCAUGAAGGCCUACAACCACGCAGAGAUCUACUUCAAUCUCAUCUCUUCAGUGGAUCCAAAGUUCCUGAAGCUCACGAAGCUCGAUGAUGAGAUCUACUCCGACUUCAGAGGAACCUUCAAGGACCUGGACGUGAAGCGGCUGACGACCGAGGACCUGAAGUCUGAGGGGGCCAAGGAGGUCUGGCGUCCGUUCUGUAACCGCUUUGAAGGACUCGUGGAGGACUUCAACUAUGGCACGCUGCUCCGCCUGGACGCCGAGCGCGACUACAGCGAGGAGAACUCCAUCUUCGGUCUGUUGGUAUCGCACUGUUCAUCAUCAACAACAACAACAACUUUUGUGUCUCCAGCCACCAGGGUUCAGUUCUUUGCUGUUGAAGUCGCCCGAAACAGAGAAGGGUCCAACGACACCGUGUUCCUGUCCCAGAAGUCCAAGAGCUAGAAGAAUCAGGACCUCCACCCAGACCCAGAACCUCCACCCAGGACCCUCCACGCUUUCUAAUUUAGUGAAGUUUGUUUUAUUUUCUUGUAACUUUGGAAACCACAAAUAAAGUCUGAUGCAUUUUU